AUGGCCAAGGGACUUCGCUCCAGCUCCAAGUUGGCUGCACGCAACCGCAAGCGGUAUACGGACUCGUCCGACUAUGCAGUCACUGCUGCUGCACGUCUGAACCAGGUGUCGUCCCGCCUGCAGCAGCGCGUUCGUGCGCCGAAGGAGGACCACGACGACGAAGACGACGACGAAAUGGCCGACGACGCGGCCGCGACGCCUGCCCCUGAAGCGAACAUGCAAGAGGACGGUGAGCAGGGCGAACCGAAGAAGAUUAGCACUUCGGGCCCCCGCGGCUCGCGCAACGAGCUGUGGCGCAAGAAGCACAAUAAGAAGGGGACCAAGAACGGCGGCCGUGCCAAGCGGCGGAAGUAG